AACGCACCGCUGACGAGAAAAGUUCUGCGUAAAACGUGCCAGUACUGUUCCAGACAUGGAGAGGUCAGUCAGGUUUGCUGUGGUGUGCGUCGGGGUUUCUCUGCUCAUCUCCUGCCAUUCAGUCGAAGCCUGGUACAAGCAGUCCACCGGGCCCAGUUACUACUCGGUUGGUCGCGCCUCAGGUUUGCUGUCCGGUAUCAGGAGGUCACCGUACGUCCGGAGAUCCGACUCCGAAGAGACGCUGAUAGAGAGCGGAGAGACAGUCGGUAACAACGUGAUCCCGGAGACUUCCAGGCAGAUCUCUAUCCUCAAAAGCAUGGCCAUCUGCGUGAAGGACAUCUCUCCAAACCUGAAGAGCUGCGAGCUGAUGCGGGACGGGACGGGCACCUUCCAGUGCAAGGCGGACGUCUUCCUCACCCUGGACUCCCUGGACUGCCUGUCCGCGUGAGUCCCGGUCGGACUCGUCCUCCACCAAAUCCCGGGAGCACUGCUGUGGAAAACGGAGAAAAAAAAAAAAAGGAAAGAAGUAAUGAGGAUGGUUGAGUGUGAGGGUUUGGUGGGUGAUGCCGACUCGCAGGAAAAACCCACAUAUUGUCAAUGACGGACCGCUGCAGACUCUGAAUGUUCUCUUAUUUAAAAAAAAACAAACACUGUUCAGUUUUGCUUUGGUUGCGUAGACAGGAGUAUAAAAGAAAAAAAAAAAAAACAAGAAAAAUAUACCAAUCUGUGAGAGAGAUGUUAGUUCAAGCCAUUUUCUUCCCAAAUGAUUUCUCAUCUUUAGUGUUUAAACCCUGACAUGUACCUAUACUGCCAAACUGUAUUAAAUAUACGAAAAGUCGACCACGGAGCAGAUUUACUGUAAAGUACUUUUAUUUAUUUUAUUUAUUAAAAUGAACAAACACUGGUAA